CCUCCUAUUUACAUAUCCACAAUUCAACAUUCGACAGAAAUGGAUGUGGAAACUCGGAAGAAAUCGUGUUUCCGAACACAAGAUAAGCUUAUUGUCUUUCCCCUGCAAUACCCUUCUUAAUCGAUAUUCCCAAUUAUAUAUACUCGCCAUCUCCAUGGUAGUUUGGAAAGAUGGUGACGACUCGAUCGAAGAAACGCGUCAGUGACGAGGGCCUCGAAAAAGCCACGAAACGACCGAAACUCGAAGAAAAGACCGAUAUAACGAGAUGGCGCAUGUUAGACGAAAGAGGACGACAUAUUUGGCAAUAUCUCGAAGACGAUGAAGCGGCGAAGGAAUGGCCACAGAGUUAUGCAGACAGGUGGUACUUGGGAUUAGAUACUGAACUUCCUGACUUACCGGAACCUCAAAACCCCCUCGAUUCCGUCGUCAAUGGCCUCACGUUCUUCGAGAAACUUCAAUUACCUUCCGGCCAAUGGGGUUGCGAAUAUGGUGGACCUAUGUUCCUGUUACCGGGUAUUGUUAUUACCUGGUACGUGACGAAGACACCGAUUCCUUGGUAUACCGCUACCGAAAUCAAAAACUACCUAUUUGCGAGAGCGCACCCUGAAGACGGCGGAUGGGGUCUACACAUCGAGGGCGAGAGCACUGUACUCGGAACUGCGUUCAGUUACACGAUUCUUCGCAUUGUCGGUGUCGACCCCGAACACCCGGUAAUGGUCAAGGCUCGAGGCACGCUACACAAACUUGGAGGUGUUACACGUGCCCCUCACUGGACAAAAUUCUGGCUGAGCGUGUUGGGUGUUUGCAAAUGGGAUAUCGUCAACCCAGUCCCUUCCGAGUUAUGGCUAUUACCUGAUUGGGUCCCAAUUGCUCCUUGGAGAUGGUGGAUUCAUAUGCGCCAAGUUUUUCUUCCUAUGAGCUACAUCUACUCGAAGAAAUGGACCUGCAAAGAGGACGAUAUCAUUCGAGGCUUGAGGCAGGAAUUAUUUGUGGAAGAUUGGGAAAAAAUUGAUUGGGUCGGCAAUCGAAAUAGCAUAUGUCCCCUCGAUAACUACCACCCGAAAUCAUGGCUCCUCAACACUGCAAAUUGGUUCCUCGUCAAUAUCUGGAACCCUUACCUCCGAAGUAAAGGACUGGCUGAAAAAGCUGACGAUUGGGUCAGUAAGCUCGUUGACAUGGAGGAUGCGAAUACAGACUUUGCUGAUCUAGCCCCUGUAAAUGCCGCUAUGAACACCGUCGUCUGUUACAUCCGCGACGGUCCAGGUUCAUACACGGUCCGGAGACAUAUCGAGAGACUGGAUGAUAGUAUGUGGAUGAAUCAAGAGGGUAUGAUGUGCAACGGUACCAAUGGGGUACAAUGCUGGGAUACGUCAUUUCUCAUACAGGUCGCAAUUGACGCAGGGCUCGAAAAGGAUCCUCGUUGGAAACAGAUGUUGAUAAAAGCGUUGGCAUUCCUUGAUGACCAGCAGAUACGUGAGAAUUGCAAAGAUCAAGCAGUUUGCUACCGACAACAACGAAAGGGAGCUUGGGCUUUCAGUACGAGAGACCAGGGUUAUGCAGUUUGUGACUGCAUCUCCGAGGCACUAAAGUCUGUCAUACUGCUUCAAAAGACACCAGGGUACCCUCAGCUCCUCGACGACCAGCGCAUAUUCGACUCUAUCGAUACUCUCUUAACAUACCAGAACAAGUCAGGUGCUUGCUCGUCGUAUGAACCGACUCGGGGAAGCGAGUUGUUAGAAAUGUUGAACGCGGCAGAGGUUUUCGGCAAGAUUAUGGUUGAAUACGAUUAUGUGGAAUGUACAACUGCGGUGGUUACUGCGCUCUCGUUGUUCCAGAAGCACUGGCCUGACUAUAGGACUCAGGAAAUCAAGAGCUUUAUUGGACGAUCCGUUAAAGCUGUUAAAUCGCUUCAACGAGCGGAUGGAUCAUGGUAUGGCAACUGGGCUAUUUGCUUUACCUAUGCGACUAUGUUUGCCCUAGAAAGUUUGAAGAGCAUUGGUGAGACAUACGGCAACAGCUCUUAUUCGAAGAAAGGCUGUGACUUCUUGAUUUCUAAGCAGAGAGAAGAUGGAGGGUGGUCAGAAAGCUAUCGGUCUUGCGAAAGAAUGAUAUAUACUGAACACCCGACCGGCUCCCAAGUUGUAAUGACGGCUUGGGCUCUGAUAGGUUUGAUGAAAGCGGAUUAUCCAGACAUCGAACCUCUGAAAAAAGGCAUCAAACUCAUCAUGGGUAGACAGCGACCGAAUGGUGAGUGGAAACAGGAGGCCAUCGAAGGUGUGUUCAACAAGAGCUGUAUGAUCUCAUAUCCAAACUACAAGUUUACCUUCACGAUGAAAGCCUUGGGAAUGUUUGCGGCGAAGUACCCUAAUGAGACAGUAGUAUAAUAGUUUCGUCAGUCUUCACGAUAUAAAGCACUGUCGCAUAAGAUAACGACGCGAGAAUAGAUUUAGAGUAGUAUACACAAUUAAUCCUAAUAUAAUUCACAGUGUCACGUAUGAUGUG